UGCGUUCACAUCCAUUCCUUCUUCACCACCACCGCUAUCACAAACAGUCUCCCAUUUUCCAAAGAAAUUUUAGAACAUCAAAUGAUAAACUCACUCUUCGCUCAACCUUCAACGCAAAUUAUUCUCUUUCUUUCCCCACCAAAACCCCCCAAACCCAAACACAAACUCAAACUCCUCUAUCCAGCAACAAUACAUCAACCCAUGAUCUCAAUUUCCUCCAAGAAGUAACCAAUCUCUGUCAAUCCAAAAACCUCGCCAAAGCUUUGUUUCUCUUGCGAGAAAACCCGCACAAUGCUCACGCUAAAGAAGCUAUGGGCGUAUUAUUACAAGCCUGUGGCCAACAAAAAGACAUCGAAAUUGGUAAAGAAGUCCAUAAGCUAGUUUUGGCUUCAACCCAGUUUAGAAAUGACUUGGUUCUCAACACUCGUCUCAUUACUAUGUACUCAAUGUGUGGGUCUCCACUGGAUUCUCGUGGCGUGUUCGAUAAUUUACAGACGAAAAAUUUGUUCCAGUGGAAUGCAAUAGUUAGUGGGUACACUAGAAAUGAGCUUUAUAAUGAUGCAUUAAACAUGUUUAUUGAAUUGAUUUCGGGUACGGAGCUGAAGCCCGAUAAUUUUACUUUGCCUUGUGUUAUUAAAGCUUGUGGAGGGAUUGCUAGCGUCGGGUUUGGAUAUGUUAUCCAUGGAAUGGCUGUGAAGAUGGGUUUGAUUGGAGAUGUGUUUGUGGGUAAUGCUUUGGUUGCCAUGUAUGGAAAAUGUGGGUUUGUUGAUGAAAUGGUGAAAGUGUAUGAGUUUAUGCCUCAAAGAAACUCGGUUUCUUGGAAUUCUAUAAUUCGUGGGUUUUCUGAGAAUGGUUUUGUUAGUCAAAGUUAUGAGUAUUUUAUGAAGAUGAUGGGAUCUGAGGAAGGUUUGAUACCAGAUGUUGCAACUCUAGUGACAGUUUUACCUGUAUGCGCGAUGGAAGGAGAUUUGGAAAUGGGAAGUUUGGUUCAUGCUUUAGCAGUAAAAUUGGGGCUGAAUCAGGAAUUGAUGGUGAACAAUGCCUUGGUUGAUAUGUAUUCAAAAUGCGGGUACUUAGCUCAAGCCCAAAUCUUAUUCGAUAAAAACAAUGAUAAAAAUGUUGUUUCUUGGAAUACCAUCAUUGGGGCUUUUUCUAUGGCAGGAGAUGUGUGUGGAACGUUUGAUCUUCUACGUAGAAUGCAGAUGGAAAAAGAGGAAACUAAGGUAAAUGAGGUCACAAUUUUGAAUGUAUUAACAAUUUGUUUGGAGAAGUCUGAGCUGCUGAGCUUGAAGGAACUUCAUGGUUAUUCAUUAAGACAUGGGUUUCAAAAUGAUGAAUUGGUAGCCAAUGCUUUUGUUGCAGCCUAUGCAAAGUGUGGAUUACUGACUUCUGCUGAGCAUGUGUUUUAUGGUAUGGAGUCGAGGACAGUUAGCUCUUGGAAUGCACUUAUUGGUGGUCAUGCUCAAAAUGGUGAUCCUUCAAAGGCUUUAGGAUUAUUCAGUCAAAUGUCAAAUUCAGGCUUAGAACCUGACUGGUUUAGCAUCGGUAGCCUCCUAUUAGCUUGCACUCAUAUGAAAACCCUGCUGUAUGGCAAAGAGACUCAUGGAUUUGUGCUACGUAAUGGGUUAGAAACAGAUUCUUUUGUAGCCAUCUCACUACUAUCACUUUACAUGCAUUGUGGGAAAUUAUCUUCUGCACGAGUUCUUUUUGAUGCAAUGAGCAACAAAAGUUUAGUAUCUUGGAAUGUAAUCAUAGCUGGUUACUCACAGAACAAACUUCCAGAUGAAUCGCUAAUUAUCUUCAGACAGAUGUUAUCUAAUAGAAUUCAACCUUGUAAGAUUUCCAUAAUGAGUGUUUUUGGAUCUUGUUCCCAGCUAUCCGCCUUGCGGCUUGGAAAAGAAACCCAUUGUUAUGCUUUAAAAGCUAGCCUCCUAGAUGAUGUAUUUGUUGGCUGUUCAAUCAUAGAUAUGUAUGCCAAAUGUGGCUGUAUAGAACAAUCUCGAUUCAUUUUUGACAGGUUAAAGGAUUAAGAUGUGGCAUCAUGGAAUGCUAUAAUUGUGGGUUAUGGAAUACAUGGGUAUGGAAAAGAGGCAAUAGAGCUUUUUGAAAAUAUGCAGGCACUGGGCAAGAAGCCUGAUGGCUUCACAUUUGUUGGUAUUUUGAUGGGCUGUAGCCAUGCAGGGUUGGUUGAAGAUGGGCUGAGAUAUUUCAACCAGAUGCAGAAUUUCCAUGGGGUAAAGCCAAAACUAGAGCAUUAUGCAUGUGUUGUGGAUAUGCUGGGCCGUGCAGGAAGACUGGAUGAUGCUCUAAAACUCAUAGAUGAGAUGCCUGAGGAACCAGAUGCCGGAUUCUGGAGCUCAUUGCUAAGUUCCUGCCGAAUCCAUGGUGCUUUGGAUAUUGGGGAGAAAGUUGCCAAAAAGUUAUUAGAAUUAGAGCCAGCCAAAGCAGAAAAUUAUGUGUUGCUCUCAAAUUUAUUUGCUGGAUCAGCGAAGUGGGAUGAUGUGAGGAAGGUUCGGCAAACGAUGAAGGGGAUUGGCCUUCAAAAGGAUGCUGGCCGCAGUUGGAUUGAACUUGGAGGGAAUGUUUACAGCUUUGUUGCUAGUGAUACCACACUACCAGAAUCAGAAGAGAUCGGAGGAAUGUGGAGAACAUUAGAGGAAAAAAUUAGUAAAAUUGGAUAUAAACCAUACACAGAUUGUGUGCUUCAUGAAGUAGAAGAAGAUGAGAAGAUAAACAUAUUGCGCGGCCAUAGUGAGAAGCUUGCAAUUUCUUUUGGGUUGCUAAAGACAACUGAAGGUGUCACACUGAGGAUUAACAAGAACCUGCGGAUUUGUGUAGAUUGUCAUAAUGCGGCUAAGUUAAUCUCAAAGGUUAUGGGAAGGGAGAUAGUAGUGAGAGACAACAAACGGUUUCAUCAUUUUAGAGAUGGUUUUUGCUCUUGUGGUGAUUAUUGGUAGGGGAGAAACUCAGUUGCAGAACAAAUUUUUUUUAGAUAUUAGCUUGUUGCUGCCCUUUAUUCUUAGAUUCGUUAAUCAAUUUGCCACAUAAGUACCUUCCUAAUUUAGAAGGUUGAGUGUAUAGGUAAAUGAGAAGACAUAUUUAUUAUUAUAGUAUGA